AUGGGCAAAGAAAAAGAUAAGAGCAAAGCCUCGAAACACAUUAAAUGUGACGUACAGUUUGACAAUAAUCCACAAGGCAUCUUUCGCGCGGGAGACACCGUCAGCGGGACCGUUGAAAUACAGCUGGAACAGCAAAAGAAAGUACGAGGGAUCGCUCUACGAAUAAACGGAUUCGCUGCGACGUUCUGGAAUGCGAAAAUCAAGGAUAAUGAAAGCGGCCCAGGAAAAGGCAAGAAAAACAAGAAGACACACUUCAACGGACGUGAGGACUACUUCGGCACCGUGACAUAUUUCGUUGGCUCAGACGUGGGCAACCCGAUCGAGGUGUUGGCAGGCGUGUACCGAUACACGUUCGCCUGUGAAAUCCCUCCGACUGCUCCUUCCUCGAAGGAGGGCAAAUACGGUCACAUCCGGUACGUGGUGAAGGUGUCCUUCGAGCGUCCAUGGAAAACCGACCACGUGUUCCAACUGCCGUUCAUCGUGAAAAGCCACGCCGAUUUGAACGUGGCUCAGGAACGGAUGCUGUUACCAGCGCGGGCUGAGCUGGUGCAGUCUUUCUACUUCGGUUUGACCGAUCCGUUGAUCGUGACGGCGACAACUCCCCGCACCGGGUAUGCACCUGGUGAAGCGAUCGAAGUGUCGAUCAACGUCAACAACCAGAGCAGCGUGGAUGUGCGCAGCAUCACGGUUAAGUUCCAGCGAAUCGACACCUUUCUCAGUCAGGUACCGUUCGUGAAGCAGUACUACGAGCACACGGUGAUGGAGGAACGAACGAUAGGUCGAGUCGCUGGUCGGAACGACGCCAUAUUUGAGGAGAACAUCCUGAUCGGGUCAACCGUUCCGUCGGAUGAGGAACGGUGUAAGAUCAUCAUGACACGCUACGAGGUGGAGAUCUUGGUUCGGCCGGUUCGUUCGCGGAAAAAGCUUGUCCUUAGUUUGCCACUCGUGAUCGGGACAAUGGGGCUACCCAGCACUCUCUACCCCGUGCAGAUGCUCGCCAAGGAACGGGCUGCCCUUGGACUGGAACCAUCCGGCGCAGUAGCAGGAACUCAACCUCCAUUGGAAGCACCUCCGCCGUAUCCGUAUGAUGCGCAACCGUCCACAUCCCGGGCGUUUUCGAUGGAAAAUUUGACCGACGAUCCGUCGGCCCCCGCGGCCGAGGACGUGAAGGAGCACGAGUGUGAGAAGGGCUCGCAACCGUACACGCCACGUGAUUACGAUGAUGAUGAAUAA